AUGCCUCGACCAAGCCCAAGUGUGGCUGACACGCCUCUUUUAAGGGUUUCGAGGCCAGUUUCUGCGUGCUCGAGAUGUGAGUCCAUAGCUAUUCUCCACUGUUGUACCGCAUGGCUGGCUAAUGAUUCCAAGUGCGAUGGUAAACUACCAGCAUGCACUGCGUGUGAGAAAUCCGGACGUGCCGGUGAAUGCUCGAGUGCCAACGAUCAGUUUGCAAAGGGCAAGGAAAGAAGCUAUGUUGCUUCACUCGAAUCACGUGUCGAGAAACUUGAGAGGAGGCUGGCCUAUGCCAGAUCUCGAAAGGCAUCAGUGGCUAUGCAUGAUAUUGAUGCGCCAUUUCAAAUGCCAGAUCGUAAAGACUCCCUUGCCAAUAUACGCGCGGCGAUCCACGGAAAGGCUGCCAGGCGGAGAGAAGCGGCGGAUGUAAAUGAACUUGUAUCGGACUUUGGUUUUCUGUCUGUGAAUGCCACCACUCGAGACUUUGAGACUUCGACAUCAAACAUGACAUUUGCGCGUCUGAUUCUUGCCGCCACAAACAAUGAUAUUCUACCAGAGUCGCAACCGUUUCAGCUUCCAUCACGGCCUGCGGCUAUGGUUCUGAUACAAUAUUAUCUUGAUCACGUUUAUGCUCUCUUCCCCGUAUUCUCGGAAACAGCGCUGCUGAAUGCCCUCGAUGCGACGUAUCAGGAAAAUGGCCGCCCGGUUACCGAGUUCGAGUAUUGGCUACUAUACUUUGUGUUCGCUAUUGCGUCUACGGCUCAAUCUCGAAGUCAUAGAGACGCACUUUACGUAGACGGUGUUCAUUGGGUUGGACGCGCAUUACAUUAUGCGGAUAAGGUUCUCAUGCCAGGCUAUGUGUCUCAAAUCCAGGCCCUGCUCUUGCUCGUGCAAUACUCUAUGCUUGAUCCUGCCCACUUCGAUAGUUGGCACUUGAUUGGCUUUGCUUGCCGCGCUGUGGUAGACCUGGGAUUUCAUCAGGACCCCCCGAAAGAGCAACAACUUGAUAAGAAAACCGCGGAAAUGCGGCGUAGAAUAUUUUAUUGUGUCUAUUCCCUUGACAGGUCUAUCAGCAUGGUUCAUGCGAGAUCCCUAUCUUUUACUGACGAUUCUACGAGCGUAGAUUUCCCGUCGCUAUCCUUAGGGCUAACGUCAGGUGCUGCUGCAAAAUCCCUUACUGGACCACAUUCGCUUGAAUCUGCAGAUUUGCUGUUCCAACUACGAUGUGUUCAAUCGUCCUGGUAUCAAGAGCUGUUUCAAUCCGGUCGAUCUCCUCUUCACAAUGAGUAUACCUACAUUUGGCAAAUCUGCCAGGAAAUGCGGGAAUGGUCGGAAUCUUUUCCCGAAAGCUUACCACUCGCAUUCAAGGAUUUCUUUGACCUUGAGCUCCUUUACAGCUACGUCUAUUGCCUUUCACCCUCGUGCCGUAUACCGGCUCUGUCACUCUAUGCGAAAACCUUGAUUUUCGAGUACAGCAUUGAUUAUAUGCAGAAAAUAUUUCCCAUCAGCAGAGACCCCAUCAACGUCGCAUUCUACACUUAUCAUGAUGCGCUCCGAGUCUAUUUUGUCGGAAGCCAAUUUCUUGCAGUCUUGAUGUCAGACCAAGAUCAACUUCUAGGAGGCAUCCUUCCUUACACCCCAAUAAUUCCGGGCACUCCACCACCACCACCUUUACCAUCGAACGCUGGAAUUAAUAGCGUCGAUCGAAGUAUAAAUUGUGUAAAACACAUUAAAGGAACUUUGAGGAGCUUUGGUCACCGCUGGGACGACUCAAAGGCUCUUUUAUCAAAUUAUGAAGCCCAGGUUGAGCCACUGCUCGCUUCUCUACACCAAAGGAAACACCACAUCGAUGGAAUAGCCCGCAACAGUAAUACCCCCCCGGGAUUUGUUCAGCAAGCUAGCUUCGAUCACAUGGGGAACAUUUCUACCGAAAGUUGGGCGAAUGCGGGAGUCGCGUUUGCGAGUAAUUCUCUGCAAGGCGGGCUUGGGCUUGGGCAAGGGGGGUCGGCGCAUGGUUUGUAG